UCUUGCAAGUGACGUGCGAGGACAACAGACCCUAGUUUGGUGCUUUUUCCCACUCGGUCUUCCAUCGAAAUAUUUCUUUCCAACUUCAGCUACAGUGAUAGCUAAGUUCGGAAAGGUAGAACCAAGGAAGCCAGACUCCAUUUAACUCAAUUUAAUGCAGUUAAAUGGAGGAAUAGCCGUGCUUCGUAACGUCAAACAAAUACAUCGGCGGAGGCGGUUUUACGUUGAAACAGCUUUAAAAUGGAAAACUCCGCACCCAAGAAGACUUGUUGUGAAUCUAUUGGAGAUUUCUUCGUCUCAGCAAAAUUCCUUAUCUAUCUGGGUCAUGCCCUUUCAACGUGGGGUGAUCGGAUGUGGAACUUUGCGGUGGCGGUGUUCCUGGUAGAACUGUAUGGGAACAGCCUGCUGCUCACAGCCGUGUACGGGCUGGUGGUGGCUGGCUCUGUGCUGCUGCUGGGGGCCAUCAUUGGGGACUGGGUGGACAGGAACCCCAGACUCAAGGUGGCCCAGACUUCUUUGCUCGUCCAGAACAGUUGCGUCAUGGUGUGUGGGAUUCUCCUGAUGGUCGUUUUCCAAUUCAAAGAACAGCUUGUGGAGGUUUACAAUGGAUGGCUGCUGACCACCUGCUACAUCCUGGUGAUCAGCAUUGCCAAUAUCGCCAACCUUGCUAGCACCGCGACAUCCAUCACCAUCCAGAGGGACUGGGUGGUGGUUGUUGCAGGUCAGGACAGCAGCAAGUUGGCAGACAUGAACGCCACAGUGCGGAUUAUUGACCAGCUGACCAACAUCCUGGCUCCUAUGCUUGUGGGCCAGAUAAUGGCCUUUGGAUCCCAUUUUAUCGGCUGUGGCUUCAUCUCGGGCUGGAACCUGUGCUCCAUGUGUCUGGAGUACAUGCUGCUGUGGAAGGUCUACCAGAAGACGCCGGCACUGGCUGUGAAAGCUGGUCAGAAAGAGCAGCAUGAACAGCAGGAGCUCAAACAGCUCAGCCCUUCGAAAGAAUCAGAGAACGGCCAAAGUCCUGAGGAGUCAUCCCGGCCACUAAUGAAUGAAACCGCAGUGGUGGUCAAGCCCGACUCCCCGAAACAGCGAGGCUGCUGUUAUCAGGUGGCCGAACCCCUGCGCACCUUCAAGGCCGGUUGGGUGGCCUACUACAACCAGAGCAUUUUCUUCGCUGGAAUGUCCUUAGCUUUUCUCUACAUGACAGUACUUGGAUUCGACUGCAUCACCACAGGCUACGCCUACACACAAGGCCUCAACGGCUCAAUCCUCAGUCUGCUGAUGGGAGCCUCGGCAGUGUCGGGCAUCUGUGGCACCGUCGCCUUCACGUGGGUGCGCAAGAAGUGUGGCUUGGUCCGCACCGGCUUCAUCUCCGGCAUAGCUCAGCUCUCUUGUCUCAUGCUGUGCGUCGCCUCAGUCUUUGCGCCGGGGAGCCCUUUAGACCUCAGCGUCUCGCCUUUCCAGGACCUUUACAGUCACAUCAUGGGAGAGAAGAUGCUGCCUGAGCUCGACCAGGGCCUCACGGGCAUCUUUGGUGGAAAUGCUACGACCACUAGUGCACCAGCUGAAGAUCUGCCAAUGCUGAAGACCUACAUGUCUGUUAGCUUGCUGUUUGCUGGUGUCAUUGCUGCGAGGGUUGGGCUUUGGUCCUUUGACCUGACUGUGACUCAGCUCAUCCAGGAGAAUGUGAUGGAAUCCGAGCGAGGUGUGAUCAACGGCGUCCAGAACUCCAUGAAUUACCUCUUAGACCUGCUGCACUUCAUCAUGGUGAUUCUGGCACCAAACCAGGAAGCCUUCGGUCUGCUGGUCAUCAUCUCCGUCUCCUUCGUGGCCAUGGGUCACAUCAUGUACUUUAGAUUUGCCUUCAAGAGUCUGGGCAGUCGUCUGUUCCUCUGCUGCUCGCCGGAGCGGAAGGCGGAGGCGGACGACGUCGCCUCGUCUCCCACCAUUGUCUAACGUCGCUGUCCAAAGCCUUGCAGUGUACACCGAUACUUGACUGACUCUCUCACACGCAGCCGGUGGAGGGAUUCUUGUCGCAUGAGAAAGCUUAUGUUCAGGAGUGUGUGCACCAGUGAGUUUAUUGUAGCCCAAUUAUUUAGCGUGCGCCAGGGACGAUUUUAAGUGACAGUAAAAGAUGAUAGUCCCAACAGACUGCAUCAACUUUGUGAUUUAAAAUACAGCACAUCCGGAUAGUGUUCACAGCACUUCACUUUUGCCACAAUUUGUUAUGUUACAGCCUUUUCCCAAAAUUUAUUUAAUUCAAUUCUGUCCUCAAAAUUCUACAGACAGUGUGAACUUUUUUUUUUUUUUUUAAAUACAAAAAAGUACAUAUAAAUAAGUAUUCUCAGCCUUUGCUCAACACUUUGUUGAUGCACCUUUGGCAGCAAUUACAGCCUCAACGUCUUUUUGAACACGAUGCCACAAGCUUGGCACACCUAUCUUUGGGUAGUUUUGCCCAUUUCUCUUUGCAGCCCUUCUCCAGCGCCAUCAGGUUAGAUGGGAAUAUUAGAUUAACAUAUUCGAUCACAGGUGUCAAACUCAAGGCCCAGGGCCCGCGACAUCAUAUUAUAACCUGCUCGGUGGCCUUGUGGUUAAGAGUGUCCUCCCUGGGAUCGGUAGGUCGUGAGUUCAAACCAUACCAAAGACUAUAAAAAUGGGACCCAUUACCUCCCUGCUUGGCACUCAGCAUCAAGGGUUGGAAUUGGGGGUUUAAAUCACCAAAAUGAUUCCCGGGCGCGGCCACCGCUGCGGCUCACUGCUCCCCUCCCCUCCCAGGGGGUGAACAAGGGGAUGGGUCAAAUGCAGAGGAUAAUUUCACCACACUUAGUGUGUGUGAGACAAUCAUUGAUACUUUAUCUUUAUUAUCUGGCCCGCAAACACCUGGAAAUUAUAAGUUAAUAAAGUACUUAAUAUUUUCUCACUAAAUGUAAUGGAUUUUUUUUCAUUUUGACAGAAAAAUAUAUGUACUGCUUGAAAUUGCAUACCUUUUAAACUUUAAUAGUAUCCAAUAUUGCAACAAAUAUUACAGUAUAUCAUACUUUCCAAACAUGUUUUGUCUAAAUAAAAAUACUUAACUUUACAGCAAACUACCCAUCAAAUUAAUACAAAUGACAAUACAUUUUACGGUGUAAAAUUAAUUUAUUUAAAAAAACUACCAGUUUAUUGCAUUAAAAUUAUGUUGACUGAGCUGCCAAUUUUUGACUGUAAAAUCUACGGUUGUUGUUUUUAACGGUGUAUUACUAUAAAUGGAAAAAUGAUACAUUUGUGUUUACGGUAGAAAAACUGCCAGCUAAGUUGCCAGAAUAAAAAAGGAACUUUUCCAUUAACAAUAUAAUGUUGUAAAAACCAAUGUAAAUUUGAUAGUAAAAUUCUGGCAACUAAGCUGCCAGCUUUUUCCGUUACUGUUUUUAUACUUACAGUAAAAUGUUGUUAAAAAAACAACACUAUUUUGCUGUAAAAUUUUGUAAACGUAAAGUUUGACUGUAAAAUCGACAGUCACAAUUUAUUUAAAACAGCUUGGAAUUUGGGACAUGCUCUCUCUGAGAUAAUCCUAAUACCCAUUACAACUAUGGGAAAUACUAUACUUGGGGCGGUAUAGCUCGGUUGGCCGUGCCAGCAACUUGAAGGUUCCAGUUUCGAUCCCAGCUUCUGCCAUCCAAGUCACUGCCGUUGUGUCCUUGGGCAAGACACUUUACCCACCUGCUCCCAGUGCCACCCACACUGGUUUAAAUGUAACUAAGAUAUUGGGUUUCACUAUGUAAAGCGCUUUGAGGCACUAGAGAAAAGCUCUAUAUAAAUAUAAUUCACUUCACUUAUACUUUCACAAAGUGCAUUAUUUUUUUUUAAACAUGCCUCAAAACAACCGCUACAAAAACAAUGAAGGCACACAGCUUCAGUCCAGAGUAUACUAGAGCAUACUCGCCAACCUUGAGACCUCCGAAUUCGGGGGGGUUCGGUGGUAGCGGCGGGUGUAUAUUGUAGUGUCCCGGAAGAGUUAGUGCUGCAAGGGGUUCUGGGUAUUUGUUCUGUUGUGUUUAUGUUGUGUUACGGUGCGGAUGUUCUCCCGAAAUGGGUUUGUCAUUCUUGUUUGGUGUGGGUUCACAGUGUGGCGCAUAUUUGUAACAGUGUUAAAGUUGUUUAUGCGGCCACCCUCGGUGUGACCUGUAUGGCUGUUGACCAAGUAGGCCUUGCAUUGUGAAAAGCCGUAGAUGUAAUGUGACUGGGCCGUCACGCAAAGGCAGUGCCUUUAAGGUUUGUUGGAGCUCUACGAGCGUGUACACAGCGGCGUUUUAAUAAGUCAUAAAAUGUACUUUUUCAAACCGAUACCGAUAAUUUCCGACAUUACAUUUCAAAGCAUUUAUCGGCCGAUAAUAUCGGCAGUCCGAUGUUAUCGGACAUCUCUAGUUGUAAUACAUUUGCAAAAUAAAAAUCAAUCAUUAUGGGGUAUUAUUGUAUGUAGAAUCUUGAAGACAAAAAUGGAUAUAUUCCAUUUUGGAAUAAGGCUGUAACGAAAUGAGGGAAAAUACAGCGCCGUUACGUUCCGAAUACACUGUCUACAAGAAUGUGUGGAAAAAGUACAUCUCUGUAUAGCAGCCACAUCUCACAUUUACAAAUGCAUCCCGCAUUGCAGUGACUUCCUUGGUGCUUCAAGCGUGUGUCAGCUCGCACGGCUUGGGAGGGUUUUUAGUUGAACCAAACAACGGAGGGAUUCUUUUUUUUCUUCUGCGGUUUCUAAAGGGUUGAAAAACGGGCUGCGUUCGGCAAAUGCAGGUUGUGGUUUUUUUUUUUAAUAAGUGUGUCUUCAGUGCCAUGGGAGGUGCCAUUCUUAUUAGCAGGUGAGGAAAAACCUAUGCAACCACUUCAAUAGCUUUCAGUUACCAAAGUCAAGGUUCAUAUGUGGUGCGAAAGGAAACGAGGGAAUCCAAUAAUCCACCUUGAAGCAUUCCAAAUUUUGCAUCACCAAGGAUUCCAGUGUCCUACCUACUGUAAUUGUAGUUUUUGUUUACUUGUUAGUAUAGUCCUCUUAAUUGGUUGUAGUUGUUUCCAACUGUGAUUGUUGUUACUCCAGCACUUUAAGUCAUUACGUGUAACGUCGGAUCUGAUGUUUGAUCAUUUUGUCUUGCACACGUCCGAAAUCCAGAUUCCUCACUUUAAAGGUGGGGUGUGGCCUGAAAAGCACACAGCAUUCAUUUACUGUCCCUUUAAGGAAGAAAGUCUGAAUGCGUACCAGUUUGGUACGCGGGUGGGAUGAUGAUUAUUUAGCGCUUUUCUCGACACCCAAAGCGCUUCAGAGAGAACUGAAAACCCACCAUUCAUUCACUCCACAUUCACACAUUGAUGGUGGUAAGCUACAUUUGUUGCCACAGCUGGUAGACCAAUUUUGGGGGUUGAGAUUUCUGCAUAUCCUCCAAAUAGUAAAGGUGGACCUCACAAUGUGUUUAGCAAAGAAACAGCAGGAAUGAUUGUUAUUUUUUAUUUUUUUUUAAGUCCGACUACCUUACGCCUCCGCUUUGACAGCUGCACCCCACCCUGGAAAAAUGUGCUCGUAGCUGUGAUUUUGGGCAUCAUGGAGCAGAGACAUAUUUGUGUUGGACAUUGAAAUAAAACCACACCAGAUGUUGGAGAAUG